AUGGCAGUAUCGCCGGAAAGAUUGCCAGAAAACACCAUCGAUUUCCGUGCCCCACCGCCAUCACCAAUAGCCUCUGGCCGCCGAUCAUCCUUCACAAACAACGAAGUUCUCACCGAAUUUCUGGAGCACUCUCUCCAAGUACCAGACCUCGUGCUCCCCGAUCAUAUCUUCCCUCAACAAAAAUCAAUCCAGAAUCCGCCAAAACUUGAUUUCCAAUCGUUAAACUCAGUCGAAAACAGCUCAGUUUUGGAAAUUCUGGACUCGGCUGCGCUAAUUGGUUGCCUUGAGCUCGUUAACCAUGGAAUUCCGAGCGACGUAAUUCAAUCUGUUUUGGGUGCCAGUGCCGGAAUAUUUGAGAUAUCGCCGGAAAAGAAGGCAAAGGUGUCGAGAUCGUCAGAGAGGAUGUAUGGUUUUGAGGAGUUUCAUGACGAGGAUGACAGAGAAAUGAGUGAAGAGUUUGUUUGGUGUAGAGACAAAGGCCUGAUGUUGGAAAUGGAGGGAAUUUGGCCCCGUGGAUAUUCAAAUUUCAGUGAUAAAAUGGAAAAGCUUUCAUCUGUUAUGGAAAAGAUGGCUGAACAAAUUCUACUAGUCCUGCAAAACAACAGUGCAAGAAAAUCAACAUACAAACAUGGAACAGUACAUGAUCAAGAACAUGUUGGCUCUCUCUGUUAUCUCUAUAAGCACUGCCGGAAUAUACUUGGGGAUCAGUGCAUCGUCAGCUCCCUGAGAUACGACGUAAUUAGAAUGCUGAUAAGGGGAUCAUCUGAGUCUCAUGCAUUAUGCUUUCACCUAUGCGACGGGUCCUCGGAGUUCCAUGUGUACUCUAAGAAAGGUUGGGUGUCUUUCUGCCCUGAUGAAAAUGCCAUAGUCAUCACAUUCGGGGAUCAGUUGCAGGUAUGGAGUUGUGGGCAAUACAAGCAUGUGAUGGGGAUGCCAAUCUUUAAGGAUGAAGAUGAGGACUGUCUUUCAAUGGCUUUCCUCUAUUCUCCUCCGAAGGUUGCCAACUGUGUGGAGAAAAACAAGGGAAAAGCUAUUUCCCUUGGUCAACAAGCCAUAAUGGCCAUUUUAUUGACUCUUUUUUACCAUCUUUUGAUUUAUAUUUGCAAGUCUUGAAGAGCUCAAAGGAUUUACCCACCAAGUGACAGGAGACCAAGCAAUUUUAAUUCUGUGUGAUAAUCUGAGUAACCGCUCUUUUUUUUGUUUUUUGGGC